UUAGUAAUUUGCAGUACUUACAUCUCUGACAUCAGCAUGAAAUCUUUUCAAUUCGUCAUGCAAGACGCAUGCUUUGCCCCUGACCCCACUGCCAUAUGGCAAGUUCCCUAUUGCUGGUUCUUGGCACAAAGUGCCUGCACUGAAAUUCCCAACCAAGCACCCCUGAAAAGCAGAUUUCUGGACUCUAUGCACUCUACACACACAGCACCCAAUCUACCUAUGUUUGCACGGCUGCAUGACACCCUUGUGCCAGGCGGCAGUCUGAAGAUCCAAGAAUACAACUGAGCGCUCUACAUAAUGUACAAUUCAACACAGGCAUUUGCAGCACAUGCAGGUGCGUCUGAGAGGGGCAAAGCUGUGUAUUCAACCUACAAAAGUACAAUUUGUUCAUCUACUGGGGCUAAACU